AUGACGACUUCCACCCCAUACGUGGUCACUGCAAUUGCGCAUGGGGCCACGCUUGAAAACGAGGCCAAACACCAGAUACAAGCACUUUUAAAGACGGCGCCCGGAACCGUAUGUGAGGGCGAAAAACCGCUGUCGGAACGUGCACAGGACUUUUAUUUCCAGUCCACACUGCCAUUGCCCGCGCUCAAGGAUCUGUGGGCCCAGCUCCUGGUACCGGACGUUGACGUGGUAGUGCAGAAGAACAACGAGUAUCGGAAGCAGAAGGGCCUCGUAGUGUUUGACAUGGACUCGACGCUGAUCUACCAGGAAGUCAUCGAGCUUAUAGCUGCGUACGCAAACGUCGAAGACAAAGUCGCCGAAAUCACGGACCGGGCCAUGAACAACGAGAUCGAUUUCAAGCAGUCGCUCGCGGAACGCGUGCGACUGCUCAAGGGCAUCAAGACGGCUACUUUGUACGAGGAGAUCAAGGCGAAAUUGCGGGUCACAGAGGGCGUGCCCGUGCUGACAAAAGUGCUGCGCCAAAACGGAUGCAAGCUCGCGGUCCUGAGCGGCGGGUUCACGCCGUUCGCGAACUACAUGCGCGAUACGCUCCAGUUGGACUACGCACGUGCCAACGAACUCGCUACGGAGUCGCUUGGUUCCGAAACCGUUUUGAGCGGCCACACGAUCGGCGAGGUGGUAGACGGGGAGUGCAAAGCGCAGACGCUGACGCGGCUGGCGCGCGAGUACGCGGUGCCGGUGGAAGCGACCGUGAUGGUCGGCGACGGUGGGAACGAUCUGCCGGCGAUGCGUGCGGCUGGGUUCGGCAUUGCCUGGAACGCGAAGCCACGGGUACGUGCCGCGGCGCCGUGCCAGCUGAACACGCGGUCGCUGCAGGACGCGCUGUUCAUUUUCGGGUACACCGCUGCGGAGAUCGCGGCGAGUGCUUGA